GAAAGAAACGGUGAGAAGCGGGUCGCUCGAGCUUACUGGAGAUCUGUCGGCGCGCGUGCGAAAUUCGCGGUUUUUAAAAUGGACGACGAGACCGACCAGGAGACUACGAUCGAGGACGACUACUAUACGUUCCUGAACAUCUCGAGAAACGCUAGUCCUGAAGAUAUUAGCAAUGCAUAUCGCAGACUUAGUAGACUCUAUCAUCCAGACAAGCAUGUGGAUCCAACGCUUAAAAAAGAAGCUGAAGUUCUUUUUAAUCGCACAAAGAAAGCUUAUGAAGUGUUGAACGAUCCACAUCAAAGGGCGAUUUACGACUCACUGGGAAUCCGUGGAUUAGAGACAGAGGGAUGGGAAAUAGUACAGCGUACAAAAACGCCUCAAGAGAUUCGCGAAGAAUACGAAAGGCUGGCGAGGGAGAGAGAGGAGAGACGACUGCAGCAGCACACCAAUCCCAAAGGCACUGUAACAGUAAACAUCAAUGCCACUGAUCUUUUCAGUAAAUACGAUGAAGAUUACAGCGAUGGUUUCAGCAAUGGACUGUUUUCAUGCAUCGAAGUUAGCGGGAUGUCAUUUGCACAAUCUAUUGAAGCGCCUUUGACCCUGAGAGACACCGUAACUAUGUCCGGUCAACUAGGAACUCAAAACGGUACGGGUUCCGGGUCCAUCAAUAUCUCAGCGAAAAGGCUAGUAUCUUCAAAGGGUUGGGUCGAAGUCGAGGUCGGAGCUGGCAACGGUCCAACGUUCUCCCUCAAAGCAUUUCGCACGUUAACGAAACGAUUGUUUUGUGACGGUGCAACAAUACUGCAGUUUACGUCGCAUGGCGUGAAAGCUGGCUACGUUGGGACUCUUGCGAUGCAAUUGGAUAAACACAUGGUGGGAUACCUUACGUACAGAGCUGGCAUUCAAGACGCCAUGAGCACAAUGAUUGUAAGAGACACGUCUCAAUCGUACACGGCAUUUUCUAUACAUUUCGGACUUCUACAUUCUUUCGUCAGCCUUAACUAUACUUACAAAAUGGAAGAGAAGCAACUUAAGCUUCGUGGUAGUGUCAAAGCUGGAACAUUUGGUGCAUUUCUCGAAUACGGCGCGGAAAAGAAGGUCUCCAAGCAUAGCUCGGUCUCGGCAGCUGUACGCAUCGGCGUUCCAACUGGCGUCACGUUAAAACUUAGAUUGAGUCGCGCCUCGCAGGCGUACACGUUCCCUAUCCAUCUAUGUGACGAAGUUCUUCCAGCUCCGAUCUUUUAUGCCACUGUAGCACCUAUAAUCACUUGGACGAUCAUUAAGAAGCUCAUAAUCGAUCCCGUCGUGAAAGAGCGAACAGAGCGCGAGAAGGAGAAACAGAAAGAGAUGAACAAGUCCAGAAUGUUGGAGAAACAAAGGGAAGCCAAAGCGGCUACUGAACUAAUGAAGGAAACCGUCAGCAGGAUAAGAGCCGAGGAGGAAUCCAAGAAAGGAUUAAUCAUUACCAAAGCGUUGUAUGGUCGAUUCGUUUAUCCACAAGAUCGAGUUGCCACGGACGAAAGCGGACACAGAGACGAAAUGAUAGACGUAACGAUUCCUUUGCAAUGUUUAGUCAAGGAUUCCAAACUAAUCCUUCAUAAGGCAUCUAAGAGCCAACUACCUGGAUUUUAUGAUCCAUGUGUGGGAGAAGAUAAGCAACUUUUGGUACAGUAUCUCUUCCAUACUCAUACGCAUGAAUGCGUUAUACAAGAUGAUGCACCUCUUAGGAUACCAGUCUCAUCACACAAAGUGAAUACUACUUGACAUACAGAUUCAACAUCGAAAUCAAAAACCAGUCGUCGCAGUUCCCGUCAUUGAUUGACGUGUUACUUUGGUAUAGAUUUGUUCAUUUUUAGAGGUUUAAUUUUACAUAAAAGGCAAAACAUUAAAUGUUGAUCCUUUAAACUUUGUACAUUAAUGUCGUUUCUUCAGUAAAAUGGUAUUUUAUUAUUUGAAAAUAAUUAUAAAAAUAUUUUAAAUAUGUUACAUUUCACAGAAGUUUUGCGAAAAAAGUGUUCUAUAGAAAAAAAAUAGAUCUUCUCUUACAUAAAUAUUCAGCUGUAUUCACGAACCUUUUAAUCAUGAGCUGCACUGAGAUGUACUCAUUUUGAUCAUUGAAGUCGUAUUCCAAAUAUUUUAGAGUAAAAGUCAACCUGAACACAAAUCUAUUUACUGCCUUUAGAAAUGUAAUGAUAUACAUACAUACCACAUAAAAUAGAAAACAUAUUAUAAAUCCAAAAAUCAUAUUGAUCUUUUAAUAGUCUUCUAAAGAUCAUUAUGAAUAAAAAAUAACAAUCAGCCAUAGAAUUAUAUUACAUAUGCAUAUUAUUACAUAUUGAGAAAAACAUUUGUUAAUUAAUUGCACAACAUCGGAUUACAUCGGAGUUAAAAAUAUUAGCGUACGAUUUAUUCUUGUACAAAAUAGAUCGUUUUGACGAUAAUGUGUACAUAAUUAUAUACAUAACUUCAAAAAAUUAUGUAUAUAAUUUCUAAUCAUAUAAAACAGAUAUCUAUAUAAUCUAUUCUAUAUACCUGCAGAAAUAUAUUUGUAUGUAUAUAUAUUUACAAAUAGAGAGACUAUAAAUAGCUCGACAUUAUAUCAUGAAAUAAAUUUGCUC